UUUUUUUCAUUUACAGUGGACCUUCGGGUAAUAGUGGCAUCAGCUAAUGCCAAAAUCAGAUAGCGGCACGUUUUUUCAUCAAAAUAUUGGCUCAGCUGAUGCCCAAGAACUCAGUUAAGGACAUUCAUCACGAACAUGUCUGCGCAGCCUGAACCCACGUACAGAAGUAUUUUGUGGAAGACUACCAGGUUGUGUCUUGCCAGACACUAUAUCUUCAGUACUUCAAGAAGCACCAGUGUAAGUGUCUUGAACAACAACUGAUAUUACAGAAGUAUUUUGUGGAAGACUACCAGGUUGUAUCUUGCCAGACACUAUAUCUUCAGUACUUCAAAAAAGGCAACAGCUGUUCUUGUAAAUUUUUAACUAGCUAUUACUAAUUAAAUAAUUAUGCUUUUGCAUGGCAGUUAAUUCUUUGAGGGUCUGUUUUCUAGUUCUAUGACUUUUAAGCCAGGGCCUAAGUUGUAGUACUACAUCAUGAGCUCAGCUUACUCAGAUAAGCUGUGAGCAGUAAAUUUGGGCCUAUAUAUGAGAGAAUGCAUCUAUGUGGUAAGUGUGAACCAUAUAAAACAAAUCUUGCUGCACACAGUGCAUAAUGAGAAGAAAAAAAACUGCAACUAUGUUUUUGGAUUAAAACAUCAAAUUUUCAAUGUAUUUUCAUAUGUUUUUUUAGUAGCAUUCACUGUUUCUUGGUGUCAUUUGAAAGAAUAGAAGAUGUAUUACAGAAAUUAUUUUGAUGGAUUUUAGUACUGAAAAUAGCUUGAAAUUGAGUUCAGAAUAGUAGAAAUGUUCUAUUUUUGCCUAUGUUAGUGGGUAAACAAAUCACAUCACGUGUCCAAUACACGUCAGCUGGCGGGUCUGAUGUGUGUUGCUGAACACACUGAUAUUAUUUACACAAUUAUUACAAUAAUGCAUAAAAAUCUUCUAUUUUUUGGUGUGAUUAAAAAAUCAAAAUGAAAUUCAUCUGUAAAGCCUUGAAAUGUAACUAAUAAAUAGACAAAAUGUUAGUUUAGUGCCAGGAAUGCCUGCUUUGAUUAUUUUGGACUCUAUUUUGAAAUUGGAAUAUUUUGAACUUUGUGUGAAAUUGGCCAAAUUACCAAUUUCCAAUCACUUUAUUGGGAAGUUGAAAUAGUUGAUCUGGGUAAUUUUAUGUGCUCAGUAGAUAAAAUGGAACACAUACUAGAAAACAGCUAAGAAUUUGGUCUAGUGGAAUAAUUUAAUUGGCCAAAAACAGGAUUCAAAGUGGACAAAAUUGCCAAUGUAUAAAUAUCUCUGACACAGCAAAAUUCACUUUUUAUUUUAUUACCUUCAGAAAAAGAUUCUCUACAAUUUCAUGAGAAAAAAUAAUAUUUUUUAGAUCUUGUGGGGAAUUUUCAGAUUUGGGGUCUGAACCCUCAAAGGGUUAAUAAAAGAAUACAAGUUAGUAAUUUCGUAAUUAAAAAUUUUCAGAAAAAUCUGUUUAAACACAAGAGCAAACAACAAUAAUAAUAAUGUUGAGUGUAUCUGCAAAUUUCUUUUAACACAAAACAAAAAUUAUGAUAGUGUUUUAACACAAUGUAAACUUUAUUAGUGUUUUGCCUAAAUAAAUCUUAACAUUGGAAUAUGUUCAUAAGGAAGACCAGGUGUUUAGUGUCCAAAAUAGUUAAAAAAAAAAAUCUUGAAAUAGACAUGUGAGUAUAUAAGGAAGAUUAACUAUACCACUGUUGUGUGACUAAAAUUUUUUAGAUGAAAUACCUUCAUUUAAAAAAUAUGGAAAAACGUAAAGAACAUAAACCAUAUCAAUGUUCAGAGUGUCUGAAAUAUUUUAGUGCAAAAUGCAGUCUUGUGAAACAUAUGAGAGUACAUACGGGAAAUAAACCAUAUCAGUGUUCAGAGUGUCUGAAAUGUUUUAAUCAAAAAGACAAUCUUGUGACACAUACGAGAGUACAUACAGGAGAUAAACCAUAUCAAUGUUCUGAGUGUCUGAAAUGUUUUAGUCACAAAAGCAGUCUUGUGUCACAUAUGAGAGUACAUACAGGAGAUAAACCAUAUCAAUGUUUUGAGUGUCUGAAAUGUUAUAGUGGAAAAAUAAAUCUUGUGACACAUAUGAGAUUACAUACAGGAGAUAAACCAUAUCAAUGUUCUGAGUGUCUGAAAUGUUUUAAUCAAAAAGGCAAUCUUGUGACACAUACGAGAGUACAUACAGGAGAUAAACCAUAUCAAUGUUCUGAGUGUCUGAAAUGUUUUAGUCACAAAAGCAGUCUUGUGUCACAUAUGAGAGUACAUACAGGAGAUAAACCAUAUCAAUGUUCUGAGUGUCUGAAAUGUUUUAGUAUAAAAAGCAGUCUUGUGAAACAUAUAAGAGUACAUACAGGAGAUAAACCAUAUCAAUGUUCUGAGUGUCUGAAAUGUUUUGGUGAAAAAAGCAGUCUUACAAAGCAUACAAGAGUACAUACAGGAGAUAAGCCAUAUCAAUGUUCUGAGUGUCUGAAAUGUUUUAGUAAAAAAAGCAGUCUUGUGCCACAUAUGAGAGUACAUACAGGAGAUAAACCAUAUCAAUGUUCUGAGUGUCUGAAAUGUUUUAGUCAAAAGAGCAGUCUUGCGAAGCAUACGAGAGUACAUACAGGAGAUAAGCCAUAUCAAUGUUCUGAGUGUCUGAAAUGUUUUAGUAAAAAAUGCAGUCUUGUGACACACACACGAGUACAUUCAGGAGAUAAAACAUGUUAGUGUUUAAUGUUUCAGAAAUAUUUUAGUUAUAAAUUCAUCAGAAUAUAUAAAAGGGAUAUACCAUAACAGUGUUCAGAAUGAAAUAUGUUAAUGAAAUGUCAGUCAUAUAAAUCUUAUAAGUUCAUAGAGGAGAUAAGUUGUAUUAAUGUUCAGAAUCUCUUAUAUAUUUUAUAAAAAGAGCAGUCUUGUGUAUUCAUGAAAGCUAAUAUAGAGUAUCAAUCAAUCAAUCAAGUUUAUUCUCUAUAAGGAUUACAGUGCGGGGUUUACAGAUUUUGAAUAUUGUGCAGGUUACAUGUUUUAAAAUAAUUACAGAGACGCCACUAGGACACCUAGCAUGGCUAGGCAUUUCGGGCAGACUUAGAUUAAUUCUUAACUUUAAAUUAUUACAGAUUAUGGUAUUAAGGCUAAGUGACUACAUUAUAGUUUGUGAGUUUAGCAGUGUGAAUGCUUUUGUUUUGGCACAAUACAUAGUGUCUAUAUUGGAGUAUCAUAGGCAAACUUAUGACUAGUUAGGAUUCAUUAUUUUAAGAUUAAGAUUCGUAUUUCUGUGUUAAUAGUCAAUGGGUGAGUGAGUGUAAGUGUGAACCACCAGGUGGUUUUCAUGUAGUUAGUUGACGGGGUGUAUCAGGGAGAUAAGAUGUUUUCUAACUGUAGUUUUGAAAGUGAUGAAUGUGUUUGCAGUUCUAGAGUUUUCAGGUAGGGUGUUCCAGAUUUUAAGCCUUUUGACACACAUUGAAUUUUUGUAAAGGUUUAGUCGGACACGGGAAAUGUCAUAGAGAUGUUUGUGUCUGGUGUUAGGCCUGUGGAUCCUGUCACGACUAUCAAGAAAGCGUUUUAGGUCAAGGUUAAUGUUGGAAUUUAAGGGAGGGGCGAGCAUAAUCACCAAUUUUUUUUUUUUUGAUGAUAUUUCAAUGGGAUUUUGACAGUGGAUUAAUCAGCUUAAAAAAAUGUAUAGGCUUUGUUUGUUUUGACUGUUAGCCUUGAAGUUAGAUAGAAAAAAAAUAUUUUUGCACAAUUUUAUGGGUCCUAGGGCUUUCCAAUUUUUACUAAAUUGGGAAGAUGUACAAUGCUCUAGUUGACAUCAGAUGAAAGAUGAAGGCUGGGUUAAUAAUGACCCAGAGCAUUUUAGAGAUAUUGUCAGUAGAUUCCAUAAAAAAAUGUUGAAAUUAGUUUUUUUUCUUUUGAUGUUUUUUUAGAGGAGGAAAAAAUCAUUAACAAAAAGCUGUUCACAAUAUGGCAAAUCUUCUCUGGGUGUUUGUAGAACCAUCAUUCCUCAAUAAUGUCUGUAAAAAUUAUAACAAU